AUGACACACUCUGGUUUAAUUCAAACUAUUCAACAAACUGCCGAUACCAAUGGAUCUCCAUACCGGUCCAACUAUCACCAAAUCCAAGACUACUACAACGGCCAAAAUAUCAACCCUACAGGCGCUGUACCCAGAACAGCUUGGCACGCCCCAGCAGACAACAAUAAGCCCUUACCUAGAUCCCUACCUACGAACGAAGACUUUUCCGUUAUUACUCACAAUCCCCACUCACAAAGCGUGGCUGUACAAAUAGAAAAUAAAGAUGUAGCCCAGAAAGAUCAGAAAAACAAAACCAUGGCAAAGACCUACAAUACUAUCAAAGAUAUGUUGUCAAGUAGAUUUAAAAGCAAUAAGGAUAGUGAAGAUAAAAUGGAAGAAAGUAGUUUGAAUAACGUAGCUGAGGAACUUAGGAAAUCUCAGGGAAAUAUUGCCGAUGAAGGAGGUAGCAAGAAACAAUCACAAGAACAAGGAUACUCUAAACCUCCCGUACUGCCUCCACAAUACAGCCAGAACUACAUGCAACAGCAAAUGUUAGCGCAACACGCCCAACAGCAGUACCAACAGCAGUUAAAAAAUCAGCAAUACUCUCAACACAUGGCUCAAGCCAGAUCUCAGGAAAUGCUCAAUCAACAACAAGCUGAAGAGCAACUUUAUUACCAAAGUAAUUAUGUGGCCACCCCCCAAAGACGACAAGUACCUGUUCCUGGAAGGGAAGGAAACUAUGUUCCUAUGCAAUCGCAUGUUCAGAGUUCCCCUGAAAAACGUAGUGCUCAACAACUAGAACGUGAUAGUCUUCGCCAAAGAAGUUUCGAAACGAGAAGAGCAGCUUCUCAACCACAACUAGCCUACGAUGACGAGGUUCAAGAAGAACUACCAAAUCGUAAGCCUCAACCGCAGAUUCCGACGCCGAUGCGACGAGGAUCUUAUGGAAAUAUCGUAGAGGCACAAACGAAGCAUGAAGAAAAAGACAGCGACGAUGGUGGGUUUCUCAAACGAAAAGGUUCGCAGGAAAGGCGGCUAGAUCCUCCGGGAAGUGAUAAAAACGCUAGGAGUGAAAUAAUUAACGAACAUAAGAAAGAUGAGGACCAAAAACUGAACGAUGGACUUCAAGGAAGUCCAAGAAAGAGGUUAGAAGGUGAAAUUGGUAAAAUUGAAGGUGUGUAUAACGUAGGACAAAGAUCAGUAAAAACGGAAGAAGAAAAUAAAAUUGGAAAGAAAAACAACCCUAGUUCUGCCACUUCAUCGGAUUACGAUAAAACAGGUGGUCAGUCUUCAUCGAACAUUGAUUCUGGUAGAGGUAGUGCCGCCUACAGCAGUGGCCGUAGACCAGGACCAUUAGAUUCAAAUAGUGAUCACUUUGACUCUGUACCUAUAAGUAGUAGAGCAAAUUUACCUUGUGGGAGUAGACCUGAAUAUGAAAGUUACAAGGGCAAAAACCACUUAAGGAAUAUCCCAAGUGAUUCAAGAUGGAAUAACAGCUCUCCUCAAAAACAUAGAUCUCACAAGAAAUUGGAUCAUAAUGCAAUAUUACGAGGAAAACAAAUUUUUGGCUUGGACAACACAGAUAUGACGUCUACAACAACAAGAUCUAUGGAUUUAGAGUCGAUAUUAGACGGCCAAAGUGACUCCGACGAGGAUCUAAGCACGACCGAUGCUAGGGCAAUAAGAAAACAACUUGAAGGCUUAGAAACUAUGUACUCAGAAGUUUUAAAACUGCUAGGUGUCAAAAAGCAUCCAGCAAAAUAUCAGCCCAAUGAUCCACGAUUUACAAAAAGAAGAUAUGGGAGCAUGUCGUCGUUGCCGUCAAGUUCUGUUAGUAGUCGACCUAUUAGAGACAAAAGAAGAGCUAAUGAGGAUAGAAAGAAAGUCAGAGAUAUUCGAGGCAUAAACAAAAGGUUCCAAAGACUGGAAUCACACGUUGUGACUCUAGCCCGCUCUGUAGCCCAUCUAUCUUCGGAGAUGCGCACACAGCACCUAAUGAUUCAAGAAAUGGAAAGCAUUCGAAGUGAAAUCGCUGCCCUAAGGACGCAAACAAAUAUGCUAAAUGUCCGAGCGCAGAACGCUGCGCGAGCUAAAUAUGCAACGAUAUUUGAAACGGAGAGAAUAGGAAUGGUUGAACUUCCAUAUUUAAGUGAAGAGCGACUUCAAAAGAUGGGAUUGCCUUUAGGGCCUAGACUACGAAUAAUGCAGGAAGCUCAAAUAUCAGUUUGUAAAGAUAAUACACUGUGUAUAGUUUAGAGAGUAACGCCGCUGGCUGGAAACUAAAGGAAAGUACGAAAGAAAAAUGAAAAUUCCGUAUUUAUGAAGGGAUAAGUUUGGACUCGCGGAAAUAGAUGGCACAACCAAAUACAUUUCAAUAAAUAAUUAUAGGUCACGAUAACAGGAAUGUAAAUGUGCUAUUCAAGUGUUCUAGAAUGUCAU